CCGAUUCUAAAGUCAGAGGCAUUUGUGUUGAUAAUGUGAUUUUCACUCACUAUCAACUAUCAAAUACAUUUGCAGUGGCCAAGGAAAGAAUAUCUUUCUCUCUCUCUCUCUCUUUCGUUCCUCAACGCAUUUAAUUCCUUCUUCUUCUUUUCCCACUCACUUCUUUCUAAUUGCAGAUCUAUUUCUCCAACGGUUUUUCAAGUAAAUGGCCUUGGUCACCACUGCUGAAGUGUGUGAUGCGAACCCACAGUUAAUUUUGAGUGGGGAGCUUCGUGCCCUUCAGCCAAUUUUUCAGAUUUAUGGUCGUCGACAGGUUUUUUCUGGACCUAUAGUUACCUUGAAGGUCUUUGAAGACAAUGUUUUGGUUCGUGAGUUCCUUGAAGAGAAGGGAAAUGGAAGAGUGCUUGUUGUUGAUGGAGGCGCGAGUGUACGCUGUGCUAUAUUGGGUGGCAACCCUGUGGUACAAGCUCAAAACAAUGGAUGGGCAGGUAUUAUUGUGAAUGGAUGUAUAAGAGAUGUGGAUGAGAUCAAUGGUUGUGAUAUUGGGGUGAGAGCUCUAGCUUCCCAUCCCAUGAAAGCCAAUAAGAAAGGCAUGGGAGAAAAACAUGUUCCCAUAAAUAUUGCUGGGACAAGGAUCUCUGAUGGGGAAUGGCUUUAUGCAGACACUGACGGAAUUCUGAUCUCUCGAACCGAGCUGGCUGUUUGAUUUCAAUUCAUGAAUACUUCAUGUAUGGACUAUAUUUAUGGGCUGCAUGUCCUUGUGUAAGUGCUUCCGGUACUAGUGUUCUUGACCCGUUCCUGGCUUCCACAAAAUCAAUACGUUAAAAUCCCUUGAUAAUUGAAAGUUGGUUGGAUUAUCUGUCCAUUUCAUACCAACUUUAUCUCUGUUUUGAAUUGCUGUCACGAAAGCUUGUUUUUCCACAUAAUUAAGUUAGUGAUUUUCUGUUAUUAAGUUUGGAGAGAUAAGUGCAAAGUAUAUGCAUGCAUAUCUAUAUUUUGAUCAAGCGAUGUUAUUGUAUUUUGCUGUAAAAUGUUGCUGCGGUCUAGAGACCAGAAGCAGGAAAGACCAUUAUCUUGUGCUAUAACUUUGGAAGAACACGUUUCUCCUUAUCUCUUGUUUCCAAAUUGGAGCAGCAUAAGGAUUCCAAUGGGCCAUUAACCUAAUGUAGACAUUAAAACUCA